AUGGGCAGUCUAGAUCAUCCAUCCUUUGUCGCCGAGUCACCCGUUCCCCAAUUCAGACCACUUGACUCUGAAAUUUUCCGAAAACAAGCCCAUCAAAUGGUUGAUUUCAUUGCUGAUUACUACAAGAACAUCGAGAACUACCCAGUUCUCAGCCAAGUCCAGCCGGGCUAUCUCCGGACCCAACUCCCUCAAAACCCACCCCAUUGCCCCGAAUCCUUCGAAACCAUUCUUACAGAUGUGCGCAACCAUAUAAUCCCUGGUAUGACCCAUUGGUUGAGCCCUAAAUUCUUUGCAUUCUUUCCGGCCACCGUGAGCUCCGCCGCUUUUGUUGGUGAGAUGUUGUGUACCUGCUUCAACUCUGUUGGUUUCAACUGGUUGGCCUCGCCGGCGGCGACUGAGCUCGAGAUGGUGGUCAUGGAUUGGCUCGCCAACAUGCUUAAGCUUCCUAAAUCAUUCAUGUUCUCAGGUUCUGGUGGGGGUGUAAUUCAAGGGACUACUAGUGAGUCAAUCCUCUGCACACUCGUUACAGCUAGAGACCGUGCACUCGAGAUCAUAGGCGUCAAUAGUGUGGACAAACUUGUCGUGUACGGUUCUGAUCAGACUCAUUCCACGUUCUCAAAGGCCUGCAAGGUGGUUGGUAUAUUCCCGCGCAACAUACGAUCGGUCCCCACAAAGGGUGAUACCAGGUUUUCUCUGUGCCCUGUGGAUCUCCGAAGAGUGAUAGAAGCUGACGUGGCUUCUGGGUUGGUCCCACUUUACCUUUGUGCGACUGUGGGGACCACUUCGACCACAGCCGUUGACCCUUUGGAGGGUCUCGCUGACGUGGCGAGUAAAUACGGCGUUUGGCUGCACGUGGACGCAGCUUACGCAGGGAGUGCAUGUAUAUGUCCAGAAUUUCGGCACCACUUGGACGGAAUCGAACGAGCUGACUCGCUGAGUCUGAGCCCACAUAAGUGGCUACUCAGUUACCUGGAUUGUUGUUGCUUGUGGGUGAAAAGGCCUGAUUUGUUAGUGAAGGCACUGAGUACAAAUCCGGAGUAUUUGAAAAACCAACCCAGUGAAUCCAACUCGGUGGUGGAUUACAAGGACUGGCAAGUGGGUACGGGUCGAAGGUUCAAAGCGCUCCGUCUCUGGCUCGUAUUGCGUAGCUACGGUGUCAUGAACCUCCAGACCCAUAUCCGGUCCGAUGUUAGGAUGGCCAACAUGUUCGAAGGGUUCGUGAGGUCCGACCCACGGUUCGAGAUUGUUGUGCCCCGACUCUUCUCACUAGUCUGUUUCCGGUUGAACCCGAAUGGAGGGUCGAACCCGGAGAUACUGAAUCGGAAGUUACUGGAAUGUGUAAACUCAACGGGGCAGGUUUAUAUGACGCACACAAUAGCGGGCGGAGUAUACAUGCUGAGGUUUGCAGUGGGGGCCACACUCACUGAAGAGCGCCACGUAAUUGCCGCUUGGAAAUUAAUUAAGGAAGUAGCUGAUUAUUUGCUGAAGGGUUGGUCAAGUGAUUUCGUCUUGUGGGAUCGUUUUGGAACGGCUUAG